UUCAAGUAAAAAAGAAAAUGGAGUCUACAAGCACAAGAAAACCUUGUUUCCUUGAAGACGACAACGGCCUUGCUUCCAUUGCCGCCAACCAUGGUUUCUUUUCUUCACCGGAAAACCACCAUAACCACCUCCUCUCAAGACCUCUUUGUUCACCAAAACCCAGAAAUAUCUAUGCCUCUCUUUCCCAUGUUUCAUCUCCAAGAUCUGGAAGGGGGUUUAAUGGCAGAUUUGAAGAUCAACAACCCUAUUUCUUAGACGCAUGUUUUCUUUGCAAAAAACUACUUGAUGGUAACACAGAUAUCUUCAUGUACAGAGGUGAUACAGCUUUCUGUAGUGAAGAGUGUAGAAGAGAACAGAUUGAUGAUGAUGAAGACAAAGAGAAGAAGUGGAGUGUUUCUGUUUCAAUGAGAUCUCUGAGAAAGAAAGAAGAGAAUGAGAAACAACCGAAUGCUUCUUCUCCAAACAAGACCUCCAAGAACUACCCUUUUCAAUCUGGUGCAGUUGCUGCUGCUUAACCACUCGGUUCUUCUUUUUGUUUCUGUUUUUUUUGUUUCUGUUUUUUGUGUUUUCCACAACAGCAGUAGUGGAAAAGGAAGAAGAGGGCAGAAGCAUUUAUUGAGUUAAUAGAAGAUGCCAUGAAUGAAGGAGGAAAACAAGAAGCUGUAAAAAACUACUAUUUUGGGGACUUGUGUUUUCUGUUUCUUUUUAUUUAGGGUUAGGUGUUUUUUUCUAAGAAUUUCGGGAUUAUGUUUAACUUUUACCGAAUGAAAUACAAGUUAAGUAUCAUAUUUUUAUUUUUUUG